AGCCUCAAAGUCAUUUUCUGUAUAUACCAAAGAAAAGAGCUUAUAGCUUAGGUUUCGUUAGAGUGGCGAAGUUAUCACUACUCUCUCCAUUAUCUCUUUCCCUUCUCUUUCUUCUCAAGAACACAUUUUUCCAUUAGGGUUUUCCCCAUUCAUGGCUUCUCACUCAUCUAAUUUAUGGGUUUUGCUCGGUUUGGGUUUGGCUGGGAUUCUUUUCAUGACCAGAAAACUCAAGAAAGUUAUCAAGCAAGAUUUUGGAGCUUUUAUCGAAAAGCUUCAACUCCUUCCUCCUCCUCAACCUGCUCCUCCUAAAGCUCCUCAUCCUCUUACUGCUCUCACCUUUGCCGUAUCCGACGUAUUUGACAUCGAAGGACACGUUACGGGGUUUGGUCAUCCAGACUGGGCCAGAACACAUGAAGCAGCUUCUGGAACAUGCUCUGUGGUUUCCACUCUUGUUGAAGGAGGAGCCACUUGCAUUGGUAAAACUGUUGUAGAUGAAUUAGCCUACGGUAUAAGUGGGGAGAAUAAGCAUUAUGGUGCCCCCACAAAUCCCGCUGUGCCUGAAAGAGUACCGGGUGGAGCUUCUAGUGGAGCUUCUGUUGCUGUAGCUGCCAAGCUUGUUGAUUUCGCUUUGGGUAUUGACACUGUUGGGGAUGUCAGAGUACCUGCUGGAUUUUGCGGUGUUUUAGGAUUCCGACCCUCCCAUGGAGCUGUUUCUCAGAUGGGAAUUGUACCUGUCUCAUCAAGUCUUGAUACUGUUGGAUGGUUUGCCAAGGAUCAUACUGUUCUCCGACGUGUUGGGCAUGUGUUGUUGCAACUUCCUUAUGCUCCUCAACGCAAUCCUAGACAGGUAAUAAUAGCCGAUGAUUGCUUUCAACUAGGAAAGAUUCCCGCUGAAAGGAUUGUUCAAGUUGUUGUCAAAUCCACAGAGAAGAUUUUCGGAAAACAAGUAUUAAAGCAUGAAAAUCUUGGAGACUAUUUAAGUUCAAAGGUAACAAGCUUGAAAGUGUUCCAAACCAAACAAAUAAAUGGGCAAAAUCAAAAUUCAUCACUUGGAUCACUUGCAGCUGUUAUGAAGAUUUUUCAAAGACAUGAGUUUAGAAAUAAUCACGAGGAGUGGAUUAACUCGGUGAAGCCCGUUUUGGAUCCUGCUAUCUCGUCAAUUUUUCAUGAAACACCUGAUACAACUGGUACCGAUGUUGAAAAUUGCAAAGCAAUUAGGAACGAGAUGCGCUUAGCUCUCAACGCUUUAUUGAAGGAUGAAGGAGUUCUUGUGAUACCGACCAUUGCUGAUCCUCCUCCAAAAGUAGGUGCGAAGGAGAUCCUAUCAGAGCAGUUUCAGAGCCGAGCAUUUAGUCUAUUAAGUAUUGCUAGCAUAUCAGGCUGUUGUCAGGUUACAGUUCCACUCGGGUUUCACGAGAAGUCGCCUGUUUCAGUCUCCUUUAUAGCCCGACAUGGUGGUGAUCGGUUUUUACUAGAUACAGUGAAUUCCUUAUACGUGUCUCUUCAAGAGCAAGCUGAUCUCGCUUCCCAAUCGAAAGCUUCCAGAAAUGUUGUUGUCAGCAGGGAACAAUCUGCCGAGAUGGCAAAGGAAAAGGGCAAUCAAGCUUACAAGGAGAAACAGUUUCAUAAGGCCAUCGGUUUUUACACUGAAGCUAUCAAACUUUGUGGCGAUAGUGCAACAUAUUACAGCAACCGAGCUGCAGCACACCUUGAAGUCGGAAGUUUUCUUCAAGCCGAAGCAGACUGCACCAAAGCUAUUGAACUUGACAAAAAGAACAUAAAAUCGUACUUGCGAAGAGGUACGGCGAGAGAGAUGCUUGGCUUUUAUAAGGAGGCUAUUGAAGACUUUAGAUACGCGCUUGUUCUCGAGCCAACAAACAAACGAGCAGCCCUUACUGCUGAUAGAUUAAGCAAGGUGUUUCAGUAAGUAAUCAGUCAGUUAUAACAAAAGCUUCUCUCUCUCGGGAAGUUUUCGCUAUGCGAUUUACGUGCAAAUUCUUGGCCUGGGAUUGAAGAAGAUUGCCAUUUAUAAAUAUUAGACCGAAACUGCAGCAGCAGAUGAAAAAGGGGUUGCGAUUCUUCUUCUUCUUCUUCACGAGUAAGGCCUAAAAUCAUUUUUCGUUGUAUUUUCGAGGUUCGAUAAAAAGCCAUUUUUAAUUCUCUAGCUGCUGAUUAUUAGUUUUGAAAAUCCAAUUUUGUUUACUUUUUAUUAUAAUAUGGAUGGAGUUGUAAUUCUUUCAGUUGGGUCUUGAAAGGUUUUUCUUUGGAGCCAAUGCAUCAUCAUCAUAUUAUUUGUGAACAACUUUGUUUACAUAAAGUUCCUUCCUUUGUUCUUUUUGUAAA